AUGGCGCAAGUUCUCUCCAAUUACCCGGCGUCGCUGCCCACUCCUCCGACCACGCCCACCAAGAUGGCAGUCCAUAAGCCCAAGUCUGGGCCGCAGGGCUUCCUCGGCAACCUGAGCGCAGCGCAAGAGGCCAAGCUGCGCGCCCUCUGGGCCAUUGCCUACAAGUUCGUAGAGAUCUGCGAGGCCGACGACAGCUUCAAGGACGCCGUCACGCUCGAGGAAAAGUUUGUGCCGCCCGCCAUGAAGCCCGGCGCGGCCCAGCGCAAAAAGGCCAACAAGGGCAGCAGCGCCACGCGCCAGGAGCACCCCACGCUGGUCAAGGAGCUCCUCUCCCUGCUGCCCACCGACGAGCGCAGCAUGGACAAGCUGGUGAGCGCGGCGCUCGACGCGCUCGACUACUGGACGCCGUACAUGUUCCGCAUCACGCUGCUGCACACGGUCAAGCAGGAGCACCCGGACGAGCUGGCCCUGCGCUUCCUGCGCCAGAGCAACUGGGACGUCAUCCUGGCCUGCAAGAGCAUGGGCAAGACCAUCUACUGGCGCACCAUGGAGGCGGCCAUUGACGACGACAUCCUGCGCCUCGGCGAGGGCGGCGCCGCCGAGGACGAGAAGAACGGCCAGGGCCACGCGCGCACGCUCGGCGCCGAGUUUAUGAAGCUGCUGCGCUCCGGCAAGGGCUUCCUGCACGGCAACGACAGGCAGAACCGCCCAAUCACAUACGUGCGCGUCAGGCUACACAAGCCCGGCGAGGACAGCCCAGAGAGCAUGGAGCGCUACAUCAUCUACCUGCUUGAGAUGGCGCGCCUCUCCUUGCGAUUUCCUGUAGAGACUGGUACUAUAUUUUUAGAUAUGAGCCACUUUCGCCUCAAAAACUUUGAUCUUGCCCCGCUCAAGUUCAUUCUCAAGUGCGCCGAACAGUACUACCCCGAGUGCAUCGGCCUCAUCAUCAUUCACAAGGCUCCGUUCGGCACCAAAGCGCUCUGGGGCCUCAUCCGCCACUGGGUCAAUGCCAACAUUGCCAACAAGGUCAAGUUUACCAAGAGCAGAAAGGACCUCUUCAAGUACAUUGAUCCCAGCCAGGUGCUCAAAGAGCACGGCGGUCUCGACGAUUACAAGUAUGAAUAUGAAGAGCCCAUCAUGGACGAAAACUUCAAGAUGCAAAACACAAUCACCCGCAACUACCUGCUCCUCGAGCGCCAGAUGCUCGUCGAGCAGUUUGAAGACGUGACCAAGGAAUGGGUCAUGAACGCGCAGGGCACCGACCGCGCCGCCGAGGUCAGCGGCCGCCGCAACCAGAUCUGCGCCGAGCUGACGGCCAACUUCUGGGAGCUGGACCCGUACGUCCGCGCGCGCUCGCUCUACGACCGCCGCGGCUGCCUCAGCGGCUCCGGCAACCUGCAGUACCACCCGCCCAAGUCGGAGCGCCGCCACCGCGACUCGACGGCCACGCGGCCGCGCUCCAUGUCGAGCUCGAGCGGCGCCCGGUCCAGCAUCAUGGCGCGCUCGGCGAUUGGCUACAGCUCCAGCUCGGGCAUGAGCUCUGCGGGCGCGCGCUCAAGUAUCUCGGGCGCUGGGUCGGCGGGCACCACCGGCACCCUUACGACGUGUUCGAUCCUGGGAUCGCCGGUGAAGGAGGACCACUAUGGUGAGAUGGAGCAGAUUGAUGCGUCCAUCCUCGGCGAUAACUCGUCAUACUACUCUGACUGA